UUGCCAUUUCCCUCUUUUAUCUUCUCACUACUUACCGGAUUAUACUAUAAGCCUAGGAUUGGUCUUGUUUAUAUAUUAAAACCAUAGACAAUACAUAUAGAACAUUUGUUAUUGGAGUUACAAUGAUUCUCCUCGAAUUCCAAUGGAUUUUAUAGAUUUUCCCACUUCGCAAAAUUUUUUAUUCACAAAAGAAAAGCCGACGCGCAAAUGGGCAAAGUACAGCCGAUUCGCGCACCACCCCCGACGGGCAGACGUGGCAAAAGUAGUGGCAAGGGGAAUGUCUGUGUCUGCCAAUGCGUCUCCCCUAUAACUAUGUACUCUCCUUGCUCAUCUGGUCGUGUCAACUAUUCCUAGUAUUGACGUUUCGUUCCUCAGAUGGUCCUGUUCUUUUCAUUUCCCUAUUGUGACCGCAUUUCACCCAAUUUCGUUCCUCAUUUUUCCGCAAGUAAAGGUGGAUCUAGAUGUGACCCCGCGUUGAUUAGAAAUAAUCAGUCACACUUACCGUGGAAAUUUGGAUUCAAAGUUUUGGGCAUGUGAACUUCUGUUCCAGAAGAGCAUAAAACUGGAAUAUUCCGCAGUGAUUUUCUUGGUGAGAGGGAUGGUCUGUGAAAAGUGACGCAGUCGAUUGUAAAAUCGAUCCAAGAAUGGAUGUAGUGCCGGGCAAUUAUAAUAAAUACAGUGGCCUUGAAAUUUUCAGUAUGACUCAUUUUAUUAGUUCAUUUCUAAUCGAUAGAAAUUGACGAUCUGGGGAGAGUUGUUGGGGUGAAGUGUUCUACUUUUUUCGCGCUUCGGGUGCAGACUCGGUGCUGCGGAUUUCAUCCAGUGGAGUAUUCACGAACAAAUGGAACCGCAAAAUCGUCACAUUUCGAUAGUUGAGAUUAAUAAAAUGGUUCCUAUGUGGACAGGUCGACGUAGAUAGUCUACGAAUUAAUGAAAUUUGCGUUCAAGCAUUUAUGGCAUCGGUGUAGAAUCAUCACUGUUGACGAAGGUAAAAUAAAGGAGUUUUGCCACAUAGUGAACAACAUGGAUAAGGGUCCUUUAUUUUAUAUGUUCCGGGUGGAACCGCACUUUUCACCCCAACGCAAGAUGAGCAGCGGCAAUGGAGUGGGAUUUGGCCUGGGGGUAGGGGUGACAGGGGGAACAAGUCCAGCAGUUGCCCAACAAGGGCAGGGAAUUGCUGCCCUAUUAGUCAUGCUCGCUGUCCUCUGCUUCAUAUUCGCAUACUGUUGCUGGGGAGCUCCUUUCUGCCGGUCGUUGUGCAGAAGAUACUGCUGUUGUCAAUUGGAGGAUCCGGAGCCUGAUUCGAGAUUUGGAAACAGCGAGCAGGCGAUGGUUGCUACUCCUACCAUUAUUCUUCUGCCCCAUGGGAGAAUGUUGGUCGUCGACGGAACGAUUUUUACUCAGUUUCAAGGAGAUACUAACGGUUUAGAUCUCGUGGAAUUGGGGGAAAAUGUUAUGCGAGCACAAAGAAAUCCCCGUUACGUGAACCGGCACCAGCUGCAAAGUAACCAGGGUAGUAUUCUCGAAAUGGAUGCUGAAACUCCGAGUAAAGAUAGUAUGGGAUCAAUAGGAAUCUUUCCUCCUCCUACUUACGAAAGUAUCUAUGGAAAGGACGAGGGUGGCAUGCCUCCAUCCUACUCGGACAUUCUCCUCUGCAGAUUUGCAAAUCUUCCAUACGAAAUGGAACUGCAGGAUCGCUGCGCCAACAGCAAGGAGGACAUCGAGAUGCACAGUCUAGACAGUUGUCCACAUGUCAUAAACAACAUAAUGAGCAACACGGCCUACCACCCCUAUGCAACAAUUGCAUCUUUUUCAAGUCAAAGUUUUCCACGUAGCAAUAUCUCGAGAAACUCCUCAGUAAUUGCAAACCCGAUGGAUGAUUUUUACAUUAACAACGAGCUCGGAGGGAUUUAUGCCAUCAGUCACAUAGACGUUCCCAUUUCAGACGCCAGAAGACAUAUCUCCAACGAAGAACUCAGGCACCAGCGUCACCCUAACGGCAUUAAUAUCCUGCAAAAUCCACUGGGAGUGGACAUGCGAUCCGAUGAAAGUAUUAAUAUCAUUAAUGCGGAUGUUCAUGACAGUAGGUCCGGGGAACUUCAGCCGAAUCGGAUAGACAUAAGGAGUGUGAGUUUCCACGCCGCGGGAGCAACAAAUGGAGAAGUCACGGUCAACAUUGGCACCCGUGAAGAUCAUUUGAAUGAUACAACAUCGAUACAAGCUAUGAGGAUGAGAGAAAUAGAUAAUAGAAUCAAUAAUGACGAGGACGACAAUGAUUUUGGAGCACUCGCUGAUAUCAGAGAAAGCAGAGUUUGAUUUCUGCCGGCGAAAUAAAAAUUUAAUGGCUGAGAGAACAAAUCAGGAAAAAGGUUUGUUGGUUUAUAAAUAUUCUGACGAUGAGAGAAAAAUGUUCAAGAUGCAUUUGUCGAGAGAUGUUGGCAUGAUGAUUCAGAGGAAGAUCGUGUCACGUUCUUAAGUGAGUUAAUUCAGUUUCCAAGUGUAAACUAUUGUUGAACAAAAAGACUAAAUAGUGCAGACUCCGUUGGGUGAGGGUCUACAGUAAAUACCACCGGUAAAUGUGGGAAGAAAAAAAAAUGAAGAGACCAUCUUUGUAAAAAAUUUUCUAAAUUAAAAGAAGAACAGAAUUUUCUUAGACCCAAAUGCAAGUAUCAACUUGUCAAGAGACAACCGCUGAGAGCCUGUUGUGGGCAAUUCUUGAUGUAGAGUGGAUUUUUUCAAGUGAAAUCUCGGUGGAGUAUUAAGUUCGAAAUUUGUAUCAUGUGAAUCAUAAUUAUGUAGAAAAUCAUGAGGAACAAUUGGGAUUGAUUUUGGAGUAAACAGAAGUCCUGGGAGAUAGCUGACGAGUUAAAAUGGCAGAUCCUACAGGCAUUAGUACAAUCGGCUGUGGAAUACGGUAAAGUGGGUUAAUUUUAGGGCUGCGCACGAGCUACUUAGUGGCUAAUUAGGAUUUCUCUCCUUCAACCAAUAGUUACUCAGGCCGGGAGUAGUUUCGGUAUCGCCUCACCUGGCCUCUGUUUUUUCGAGACAAGAUGUAGACGAUACCGUUCAAAAACAACUCAGAAGAUAUCUCGACGAGAUUGUCUUUAGAGCGAUACCUCUGGGGCUUCGUCGAGAGGAUCAGGGCCUUACGAGGACGUUCACGAGGGUCAUUCGCCAUUAGGGUCGGCCUGAUAACGUAUGGCCACGCAUUAGGGUUGACUCGGUUAAACCACAAAUAAUGCAUUUUUCACAAAUUUCCCUUCUCUAUUGUUUUUUAUCCAAUAUUGAUGUUCAUUUAAUAAACGUUGACUGCUGUUCAAUGGGAUAAA